AUGUCGCCCUCACUCCUCCAGGCCUACAGGAGGCGCUGGUGGAUGGCGGUGACGGCGGUGAUUGAAAACCUGCUGUGUUCGGCUGUGCUGCUGGGCUGGGGCUCCCUGCUCAUCAUGCUGAAAAGGGAAGGCUUCUACUCCCACCUGUGCUUAGUGAACGACUCAGUGGUCGUGUCUUUGGGGAACUCUUCCGGCGGUGAGGUGGAGGAGUGGCUCAGCUGCGUGGACCAGGAGGAGAUGCUGAAUCUGGCCUUCACCAUUGGCUCCUUCUUACUCAGCGCCACCACCCUGCCGCUCGGUAUCCUAAUGGACAAGUUUGGGCCACGGCCAAUUCGCCUGGUGGGCAGUUCAUGUUUCGGUCUGUCCUGUGUUAUGAUGGCCGUGUCUGCCUACAACCCUCAUGCACUGUCAGCGCUCAUCUUCCUGGCUCUGUCUCUGAACGGCUUUGGAGGCAUCUGCCUGACCUUCACCUCCCUCACGCUCCCCAACAUGUUUGGUGCUCUGAGUUCCACCGUUAUGUCUCUGAUGAUUGGCUCCUACGCUUCAUCUGCUGUAACCUUCCCCGGGGUCAAGCUGAUCUACGAUGCAGGCGUGUCCUUCCAGGUGAUCAUGUGGGUGUGGGCGGGUCUUGCUGGGUCUGUCUUUUUCAACUGUUUCUUCAACUGGCCUGUAGAAGGCUUCCCGACACCUGAUGAGGUGGACUACAGUAAGAUCCUCACUCUGAAAGAGCUGCCUUCAUCGGACCAGAAGGCUGUAGGAGAGAGACUGGGCCAGAAAAAUGGAGACCUACGACACUCCACAGAGAAGCUUCCUAAUGGUCCUGACGCUGCACCCAAUGCCGUUCCUUUCCGCCGAUCCGUGUUCUCUCCCAUCUUCCUGUGGAGUUUGGUUACCAUGGGGAUGUCCCAGUUAAGGAUCAUCUUCUUCAUGGGGGCGAUGAACAAGAUGCUGGAGUUCAUGGUCACGCACGGUGAAGGGGAUUCAUCUGAGCAGCUGGUGAUUGAGGCAGAAGAAAAAGUGAGCUUCUACUCUUCCAUCUUCGGCACGCUGCAGCUGCUGUGUCUGGUUACAUGUCCUCUGAUUGGAUACAUCAUGGACUGGAAGAUGAAGGAGUGUGAAGAGGAGAAGACUGUUCCCCCAGGCAUAGAGAACAGACAGACCAGCGGGCCCAAGAGAGACCGUAAGAUCCAGAAAGUUACCAACGCCAUGAGAGCCAUCAUCUUCACCAACCUGCUGCUGCUCGCUUUCGGAUGCUGCUGCCUCAUAGACAACCUACCUCUGCAGAUUUUGACCUUUAUCCUCCACACUAUGGUCCGAGGCUUCAUCCACUCCUGCUGCGGAGGCCUUUAUGCUGCUGUCUACCCGUCCAACCACUUUGGCACCCUGACAGGCCUCCAGUCCAUGAUCAGCGCUGUGGUUGCUCUGCUGCAGCAGCCGCUCUUCAUUGCCAUGGUCGGACCGCUGAAAGGAGACCCCUACUGGAUCAACCUCGGCCUGCUGAUCUUCUCGUUGGCUGGCUUCCUGUUGCCGGGUUACCUGUACUACCACCGCAGCCACCUGCUGAGAGAAAAGGCGGCCAGAGACAAGCGGGCCGGCGGUCAGGAGAUGCAGGCGCUCAACCGCACUGAGGCCAACGGCUACAAGCCCCAAAGCAAUGGCCUCGCCGCUGUGGAGGCUUAGGUGACAUGACAGGGAGAAUUGCAGGAUGUAUUUUUAUUUUUGCAUGUGCCUUCAAAAGGAGCACCAGUUAUUUUUGCGAUCAUUGCUGGUGUAAACUUCACUCCCCAAAAACUAUAUCGCAGCGCAAACAGAACCCCACCCCCGUGUUUUGACUGAUUUUUCGGGGGAAGAUGUGUCAUCAUCAUUUGUUGCUGUUUAUUUAUUUUUGUUUAGGUCAAAGACCCAGUUUAGUGUGAUUUAAAGCCAUAGAUUUCACUCACACGAACACACACAGACACAUGCACAAAUCCUGGCGUGUCCUCUGUGUGUCAGACUGCAGAUAUCACGGUACUUGAAAAAACUGUUUCAUACACCGAUCAGCCCCACCAUUCAAACAAAAAGCAGUGACCUGUUUUAAUGUUGCGGCUGAUCGGUAUAGUUCUCACAGACUUUUUAUAACCAUCAAAAUCUUUGCUAUCACCAAAGAACAGCUUAAAGAUAUUAGGAAAGUUAAACUUUCUAGAUCAGCAUUGUUUCAAAAGUCUGCUUAUGAAGUAAACAUUUUGUAUAUUGUGCUGUUUCUACUGUAAUCCUUUCAGCAAAAGCUAUAUCAGUACACUAUUAAAAGCAUACAAGCUAUCAAAGAGAAUUGAAAGCAUCUGAAUACCAGACUUCUGGUACGUAUGAAGAAGGUUUUUGGGGUGUUUUCAGAGCCCAGUUGUUCACACAGACACAAACACAUACACGCACAGAUAGGCUGGUCGUAGAGACACAUAUCUACCUCCUGUUUACUUUUUUUUGUACCGUCUCUCUGCAACCGACUGUUUCCUUGUUUUGUUUUGUUUUUUCACGUCAGGAAAUACUAACCCUUUAAAUGUCAAAAACCCCAAAUGACAAAUUGAAUCAGUGCAGAAUUUUCUCCCUGUGUAUUCAUGUUCGUUAGAGGUAAUGCUGAUUCAGCCCAUUUUUUUUAAAGGUGAUUUCACGAGGAAAAGUAUGACUGAUUUUUACAAUUCUGACACAGUGUGUGUCAGUCUUGUUAAACACUUUGUACUGCUUUAUGCACAGAAAUGAACUAGUGUGUGUAUAAAAUAUGUAUUUAAGUGUCUUUUUAUACUCUAGCUGCAGUAGCAUUAAAAAGGGAAGUGUUUCUUUCUGUAUAAGCAAAAUGUUAUUUUGUAGUGUGCCAAUUAUAAAUGAAGCUCAUCUGAUUUACCGUGUAUUCUGCUUUUGCCGUUUUGCUUUUUUUUUUUUUUUUUUUUUGUCACGUAUUGAUUUUGGAGCAAACAAACGUCCAGCAAAAUUGUAUUUUGUAAAUAGAACUGAGGUGUGUCUUUUAUUUUAUUGCAUAUUCUGCUUGCUUUACUAUAUAUGGGUGUGUACAGUAUAUUACAGUAUAUUAACCAAUGGCUGAGGAGACAGUGGCUGUGGUUAAACUUGUUCCUUAAUGGUCUUUUUCUGCUUUGAUGCUUGAAGUCGCAUGAAAAAGACAGAUCUCACUGUAUCCGUUGAUCCCGUCGUUUCAGCCAGCUGAAGAUCAAACCAGAAAAGUGUACAUUUCUUCCAAAGUGACGACAAAAUGUAUCUAUUCUGAAAAUGUGCUGCACACAGCAAGACUGUCAUGUAGGUUUAUGAAAUCAGCUGUGAUGUACAAUUUUCAAUUUUUUGACUCAGUCCAUGUCCGUGUCAUGACAGCUUUAGUAGAUGCUUCCAUUCUUGUUGGAUACAUUUAUUUUCAUCUUUAUAGUUCUACAUAUAUAAAAUGUGUCCAUUGCUCACACUUAAAAAUUCUGUGUUUUGUUUGAACUCUGUGCCUUUGCUGACAUCUUGGCUUCAUUGCAAUAGAAGUGAGUGUGAGAUUAAUGCCUCUGCCAAAUGUCAUUCUCUGUAAACCAAAGCCAUGAUUAGGGACUCUAGACCUAUUCGAUAGUACAGUACUUUUCCUCAGGAGAACAUACAGAAGCAAAAUAACACAGGUAACUUACGACACAAUGCAUGAGUCCUGCAAUAAACGCUACUUUGGUCAGAAUGUUUGGUUUUUGUUGAUUGUCGCAGGUGUUGAUUCAGCUUGAUGGUCAUCUUAGGGGCUGUAGCUUCUGUUCUUUAGUAUAAAAACGGUUAAGCGCAUUUCAAUCAGUAUUGGGAAGACCCAGUUUACCCACAUUACAGAAUUUAUUGUUUGAAACCAUUGUACCGGUAAUUCUAGCAAUAACUAUCUGACCUCUUUUGUACCUCUGUAAAUUGUCUUAAAAGUCCCUGUUGAAUAAGCGGUUGUCAGACUUCUAUUAAAGCUGACAAGUACUGCCAAACGGCAUUCAAGUUACUGUGACUCUGUUGUGCUUAUGCCUUUUAUGAUUGGGAUUUAGAGUAGUUGCUACCUGAAUUGUUGAUGUAUGAAAUUUACUCAAUGCCUCUGACAGUCUCUACAACAAAAAUAAACAUCCUUUGCUUUAUCUGUGUUUUAAUACUGCAUCCUCUACAUUGGUUUUGUCUAAUCUUCUGUUGUUACCUUGGAGUUGAUGUGCUGGUAUGUCUUGCUAAAUGUACACCUUUCUAUCCUGCCUUUAAUCAAUAUAUCAAGCUU